CAUUGAACUUGUCUUCAACAUAUCGCUAUCCCCUGUCCAUAUCUUCGCUUCAGUAGUUGCUUCCGCUGCCCCUCGCUUCUCAGUUUUCACUGUGGGUUCCUGUCACUUCUACUUCUACUUCUUCUUCUUCCCGCUGCUCAAGCGUUCGCUAUUCACUGAGGAGGAGGAGAGAAAGAGGAGAAAAUCGCAGCCUUCCGUUGUACCGAUGAAGCUUCGUCCUCGUAAAACGACCUCCAACAUUGUCACCGAAGAAAAAGAAGACAGCAAAGACGACAGUGAUGCCUUUGAUGAUAUCGACGAGUCAUCUUUUGUUUCUGAGAGUGGUAGUGAAGAUCUUUCCUCGAGUUCUGCGGACUUUAGUGAGCCUUCAGCAAAGAAGAAAUUUAGAGGAAACAAACAGAGUAAACCUCUUAAAAAGGAGGUGCCUACCCUUUUGUGGAAUAUAUGGGCGGAAGAAUAUGAGAAAUGGAUUGAUGAAAAUAUUGAAAAAGAUUUUGAUUUGGAUAAUCAAAAUGAAUUAUUGAUGGAAGUUGUUGAAACACCUUCUGCACUCACAAUGCCCCUUCUACGAUACCAGAAAGAGUGGUUGGCUUGGGCUUUGAAGCAGGAAGAUUCUUCAAAUAAAGGUGGGAUACUUGCAGAUGAAAUGGGAAUGGGAAAAACCAUCCAAGCAAUUGCCUUGGUACUUGCCAAACGUGAAUUCUCUACAUCUAAUGGACAAAUGAGACCCUCAUCACAUCCGAGUUCUUCCAAGGACUUGCCUGAGAUCAAAACAACUCUUGUAAUAUGUCCUGUGGUUGCUGUUAGCCAGUGGGUAAGUGAGAUUGAUCGUUUCACAUCAAAGGGAAGUUGCAAGGUACUGGUGUAUCAUGGUCCAAAACGAGUACAGAGUCUUGAAACUUUCUCAGAAUAUGAUUUUGUUAUUACAACAUACUCUGUCGUUGAGGCUGAUUACAGGAAAUAUCUGAUGCCUCCCAAGGACAGGUGCCCUUACUGUAAUAAACAAUUUUAUCAGAAGAAACUGAAGUUUCACUUGAUGUACACAUGUGGUCCUCUUUCUUUAAAGACAGAGAAGCAAGCUAAGCAACAAAAGAAAAAGCCAAUUCAACCACAAAUAUCGAUACAGGAAGAAUCUACUAAAGACAAAAUCAAUAGUGAUCACCGGAGUGACAGCCGGAAAAUUACUUUUGAACAGACAGUGGGGCAGAAUGAGAAUGAUAAGAAACCUUGUGGGAAAUCAAUAUUGCAUUCUGUGAAAUGGGAUCGCAUUAUUUUGGAUGAGGCACAUUUUAUAAAAGAUAGACUGUCCAAUACUGCAAAAGCUGUUUUUGCGAUUUCUUCUUCAUAUAGAUGGGCUUUAAGUGGCACACCUAUUCAAAAUCGCAUAGGAGAGCUUUACUCUCUUGUUCGCUUUUUGCAAAUUGUCCCUUAUUCGUUCUACUUUUGUAAGGACUGUGAUUGUAGAACACUUGACUAUAGUUCUCUUGACUGCUCUAAUUGCCCUCAUAAACGCGUGAGACAUUUUUGCUGGUGGAACAAAUACAUUACCCAACGGAUUCAAAAUAUUGGUGGGACUGGCCAAGAUUUAAAAAGAGGUAUGAUAUUGCUGAAACACAAAAUUUUAAGUAGCAUUGUUCUCCGGCGCACCAAAAAGGGUAGAGCUGCUGAUCUUGCUCUUCCUCCUAGUAUUGUUUCAAUUAGGCGGGAUUCCCUAGACAUUCAAGAAGAAGACUUUUAUGAGUCGUUGUAUAAUGACAGUCUAGCAAAAUUUAAUACUUUCGUGGCAGCUGGAACGGCAACAAAUAAUUAUGCACACAUAUUUGACCUUUUGAUUCGCUUGAGACAGGCAGUCAAUCAUCCAUAUCUUGUGGUGUACUCUAAAACUUCCGCCAUAAAUUGUGGAAGCUCUACUGACAAUAAUAAUGAACAAGUAUGUGGAAUUUGUCAUGAACCAGCAGAAAAUCCCGUGGUUACCUCGUGCGAGCAUACAUUUUGUAAGGCGUGCAUAAUUGAUUCUACCGAUGAUUUUUCAAAGCGUGUUUCGUGUCCUUCUUGCUCAAAGAUGCUCACUGUUGACUUUAGCAAAACUCUGGCUGCUGGGGAUCAACCCGUUAAAACCAGAGUUAAGGGUUUUAAAUCUUCAAGCAUACUGAACAGAAUACAGCUGCAGAAUUUUCAGACGAGUACAAAAAUAGAAGCUUUGAGAGAAGAAAUUAGACUCAUGCUUGAACGAGAUGGAUCUGCCAAAGGAAUUGUUUUUAGCCAAUUCACGUCAUUUUUAGAUCUCAUAAACUAUUCCCUAACAAAGUCUGGCAUUGCUUGUGUUCAGUUAAUAGGAAGCAUGUCCUUGGCUCAAAGAGCUGAUGUCAUCAAGAGGUUUGUUGACGAUUCAGAUUGCAAAAUUUUUCUAAUGAGCUUGAAAGCUGGAGGGGUUGCUCUCAAUCUUACCGUCGCAUCGCAUGUCUUUAUCAUGGACCCUUGGUGGAAUCCAGCUGUGGAACGACAAGCUCAAGACAGAAUCCAUCGAAUUGGGCAAUAUAAACCUAUAAGAAUUACCAGAUUCGUAAUUGAAAACUCUAUCGAGGAGCGGAUUUUGAAGCUGCAAGAGAGGAAAGAACUGGUAUUUGAAGGAACUGUAGGUGGGUCUGAUGAGGCCUUGGGAAAAUUAACGUUGGAGGACAUGAGGUUUCUGUUUCUCUGACCAAAAGCUAAGAUCAUCAAAACUAAUACCCGCAAGAGGACAAACCUAAGGUUAUGUUCUUGUACAUACAUAUGCACAUAUUCUCCAUCUAAUUCUUAAAUUUUGAAUCAUGUAAUACUUCUUCUGAUCAUAUGGUUUUUGAGGGGCAAGUCCCAUUUUGAUUACAGGACUAAGGUCCAAGAAAGGAAAAAGAAUUAAAAGGGUAGAAGCUGUAUAUUCCAAAGUCUGUAUAUUCAUAUAACAGAGAUACUAUUGAAAUUUUAUUAUCACCUAAACUUUCUUAUUUCAUUA